CAAAGCUUCACAUGGACAACCCACAAUGGCUGUCGGUGGGAUGAAUGAUUCUAACCGUGAAGAGCUGCGAUGGGGCCUCAUAACCAGCUCUACAUUACGCAGAAUUGCGGAGCUCUCUCGUCUGCAACACCGGUUCGAACACGACACACUUCUUUCACCUGACCUCCACUUCCUCCUCAACCUCUUAUUCGAAACGUACCCUCUCUACGAGGAUCGAGAAUCCAGAUGUGCAGUUCACGAAUGCUUAAAGAGUCUAGCCAAUAGCCCACACUCUGGUACUGCCCUGCCCUUGAUUUCUGCCUUCCUCAAGCGAGAAAGCCUCAAAACCGGCCUCGCCCACGCCGAUGCUUUCGUCCUAAUAGGCUGGUGCUCGGUCCUCAUCCAACAAUACGCUAAGUCCCCGGAGCAAUGGGCGAAAUGGGGAAUGGAUAUUGCCAUUGCAGAUGCAAGACUCCUAGAGACAUGCGUGGGUGGUGUGAUUUCUCGCAAAGCGCAGCGCAUUCUAGACUCUGCUAUGGUUGUAACUCGCCGAGCGCUGCGGUUCUUGUUCCGGGCGCCCGACGUCGCAGAACGGGCACUUUCUCAGAUGGUGGCUUCCCUUGCGGCGAAAGGUUCCUCUCCCACUGCUGGGAAUGCUAUCUUUUUAGGCGUUAUUGCAGGCGUAGCGUCAAGGCUUCCCAAUGCCAAGUCGAUGCUAGAGAAGCACAAGCAAGAAUAUUACGCCUUCUACGUCCGGGAAAUUGUUGGUUCCAGGACUCCACUGCCCGGUCAUCUGUCUAACGGUCUUCGUGAGUUCUUCGACACGUUUCCUUCACUAGAUGAGCUGCGAAAAGAGGUCAUACCUCCAAUCGAGAAGGCACUCCUGAGGGCGCCAGAAGUGGUUCUGAACGGUGUUGUCGCGCCACUGAUUCUGUCCCUUCCGGCAUCUUUUGAUCUGUCAGGAGUACUUCAUUCCAACCUGCUCAAGCCGCUGCUUUCAAAUGUCAAAUCAACAAAUCCGACCAUCCGCGUUGGUGCUCUCCGAACCUUCCAAGCGCUCGCCUUACGGUCACGCGAUGACACACUCAUUGGAAAGGUCGCGGAUGAGAUUUUGGACCCACUCAAGCAAGGCAAGGUCACCGGAGCAGACCAGAAAGUCCUCUAUGCUCAAAUGCUUUCCUCCCUGGGUAGUUCGAUUUCCUUGUCCCAAAAAAUUCCCGUCAAUAUUGCCCCUAUUGCAUUGAAGGAGCCAAAUGAGCCAGCGGUAGUAGCUGAGGUAUCUGCACUGACUAAGCAUCUUACUUUCGGGUUGGUUAAUGGGGUUCCAUUGGACAAAUUAAUAUCAGACGCUUUCAUCAAAGGCAUGAGUGACAAGCGCAUGCCUAUACGCCGACUAUGGGCCAUACAAGCUGCAGAUAUAUGGUGGAAUCUUUCACCUGAGCAACUGUCACAGCCGGAUGUGCUGGUAUUCUGUCAAAUCACCUUGCCGAAACUCGUGGAACUGUGGCAGGAAGUUCUCGCGAAUCCACUUCCUGCAGCUCAGAACGGUAUGGUAACUGUAGGUCAUUCCGUUACGGCGUUGCUACUCUGCAAGAUCCGACUUAUGGAUGACACAAAGCUCUCUGCCAUUUACAAGAAGACAGAUGUACUCUCUCAAACACUCGCUACUCAGCCGAAACCAUCUUUCUUGCUCAAUCCCAGAGUCUAUACCAAACUUUCCAGUGAUAUCGAUAUCGAGAUCGCUCUCCGUUGUCUCACGGCGGUGGCUCCAUGGCUGUCCGAUGAGAACACCUCCACCGACGCUCGAGAAGCUUGGUCGCAAGUGCUCAUAUACUUCAUCGCUGGCUAUUCCGUCCCUCCAAGUGCUAAAUCUUCAGCUCGUCAAUCCCUGACUAAGAUGUAUAUUGAAGCGCCCGCAGAGAUCACCAAUAUCAUUACUGGUGGGAUCUGGUGCUGGUAUAAAAUGAUUGAGCAGGGAGACAAGGAGAGCGCGGCCUUUUCUUCAAAGACAGGCAACAAGGAACUCUAUGGCGUUCUGUGUUGCUUUUGUCUUGUAGAAGAUUCGUUGAAGACCCUCGGCCCGAACAUUUCUAAGGACAUCCUCCACAAACAAUGUGUGGAUAUCCUUGUUUUAGCUCGUCCAGAAAUCGUUCCCCGAGCCUCUUGGAUUGAUUUCUGUCUCAGGAUGGGGGUAGAUCCAGGUCAGCUUGCACGAGAUUACCUUGGCGAAUGUCUGAGACUUAUAACUGAUGCUACGAUGAAUAAGUCAAACGGUCGUUUUCCUGCCAUAAACCAGGCAGCGUAUAGUGCCUAUGUUGACCUCGCAUUUGUUGCUCCGGACAAAGCCUUACCGGCAAUCGUAGAUCUGUUCAGUCACGACCUUGACCCUAAGCAGCUUGAAUCUAUUGGCCCAACAGAAGCAGCCAUCUUUCGAACCCCAGAAGGAACUGCCUAUAUUGAUGUGCUGUCAACAAGGAGUUCCGCAACACUGGACAAAAAUACGAAGGACUAUGACACUCUAAAAUGGGAAGAAGAGCUCAGGGCUCAGCUCGCGCAGAAGAAAGGCCAGACUAAGAAACUCACUCCAGAUGAACAAUCCAAAAUCAACGCUCAACUUGCGAAAGAAUCUGCUAUCAGGCAAGAGAUUUCGGCAGUCGAAUCAAAGAUGAAACGAGGAGUUGGAAUAAUCCAGAGACUUGCAACUGGACCUCCGACCGAAGCCGAACAAUGGAUGGGACCAGCAGUAAAUCUACUCAUCCAAACAAUUCGUGCCGGGGCUGGUCUAAUCCUUGGAGAUCUACCUGCAAAGGCAUUCAUCAAAUGUGCUCAGCGCAUCUCCGCUCGGCUUGGCGUUCUCCGGCCAUUUAUCGGAGUUGCCACACUAAGGACGAUUGGAACCCUGCAACUGUCAGAUGGUUACGAAGAGGAAGACCUUGGUGAUUUGGUCACGAGAGUACUCUAUCGACUCCGAUUUAUGAGCGAGCAGCGUCCACUUGACACUGUUUCGCUCGCGUACUGCCUUCCCCUCAUCUUUCUCGUGCUUGAGAAGGGUGGCAUCGGAAGGUCAUCAACUGAAGAUGCCGAUGAGCAAUUAGUGCUGGCUAUCGAGUUCUUAUCAUUCCACACUGCUUCUUGCUCUGACGAGCGACUUCCCCGACAUCAAUUACUACAGGCUCUGAUCUCGUCAAUGCAACGGUACAAUCAACACUACAAAUUGAUUAAGGACUGUCUAAUGGAUCUUUCCCGAGGGCUUGCUCCCAAUAUAUCCGACGACGAACUUGGAGCCCUACUCCGUGGGACUAUCGUACCAGAAAUUUCCGUCCGCACUUCAACUCUGCAAGCGAUAGAUGCUGAACUUGAUUUGAAUAACAUGGUAUUCAGUGAAGAGAUCUGGCUAGAAUGCCACGAUGAUGAUCAAGAAAAUGUGGAACUGGCUCGAACCAUUUGGGAAGACAACGAACUGAGAUUAAAAGAGGACGCCGCAGCCCAAACGCUGCCAUACUUAGAAUCACUUGACAAACAGCUAAGGAGAGCUGCGGCGAGGUCUCUUGGAGAAACUAUGGAGAGUUUUCCACGCAUUUUUCACAACCUCCUACAAUCCCUUCAGGAGUCGUAUCGGGAGAAAGUAAAACCAAGAGUUCCAGAACGAGACGAGUACGGCAUGCCACGGAAAGUUGACCUGCGAGAUCCUUGGGAGGCUAGAGAUGGUAUAGCACUUGCAUUCAAGGAAAUGACGCCGGGUUUCAUGGACGAUGACCUCGUCAAUUUUAUACGGUUCAUGGUCUACGAGGGGCCGUUAGGAGACCGAAGUGCCAUUGUUCGAGACGAAAUGAUUGACGCAGCUACCUCCGUGAUCAAGACGAAAGCUCAGUCCAGGGUGGAGCCACUCAUGGAUCUCUUUGAAAAUGCACUGGAAAGCCCUGAUCGGAAAUCUGAAAUGUACGACCAGGUCAACGAAGCUGUCAUCGUACUGUACGGCGCUUUGGGUCAACACCUGAAAGCUGGGGAUAAGCGUGUACCGAAGGUGGUCCAACGUCUUCUGGCUACCUUGAGCACUCCUUCCGAAACGGUUCAAUAUGCCGUAGCCCAAUGUCUUCCCCCACUCGUCCGAACAUCCGAACAAGAAAUUUCCACAUACAUUGAGCAGAUGACUGAGCAGCUGCUACAUUCAAAGAAAUACGCAGCCCGCCGAGGAGCUGCUUAUGGUCUUGCGGGAAUUGUGCGUGGCAAGGGUCUUGGCGUUCUGCGAGAGUAUCGGCUCAUGUCUUCUCUCCAGGGAGCCGCCGAAAACAAGAAAGACGUCGGCCAACGACAAGGUGCCUUUUUGGCAUAUGAGCUGCUCUCCCUCAUCCUUGGGCGCAUCUUCGAGCCCUACAUCAUUCAAUUGGUACCUCAAUUACUUGCUGGGUUCGGUGACUCUAGCGCUGAUGUGCGCGAAGCUUGCCUCGAUGCAGCAAAGACUUGCUUUGCGAAUCUCAGCUCGUACGGUGUCAAGCAAAUCUUACCCACACUUCUUGAAGGUCUUGACGACCAGCAGUGGCGAAGUAAAAAGGGCGCUUGCGAUUCGCUCGGUGCCAUGGCAUACCUUGACCCACACCAAUUAGCACUGAGCUUGCCGGAUAUUAUUCCCCCUUUGACGACUGUGCUCACGGAUAGUCACAAGGAGGUACGAUCAUCUGCCAACCGAAGCUUACAGCGAUUUGGAGAGGUCAUCAGCAAUCCUGAGAUCAAGGGUGUGGUUGGUAUUCUUCUUAAGGCUCUCAGCGAUCCCACCAAGUACACUGACGAUGCACUCGAUACUCUCAUCAAAGUAUCUUUCGCUCAUUACAUUGACGCCCCUUCACUCGCUCUUGUCGUUCGAAUACUUGAGCGAGGCCUGGGCGACCGAUCAGCCACGAAGCGAAAAUCUGCACAGAUCAUUGGAAGCCUAGCGCAUCUUACAGAGCGAAAAGACCUCAUAUCUCAUCUACCAAUUCUAGUUGCUGGGCUACGAGUUGCAAUUGUAGACCCUGUUCCAACGACCCGUGCCACAGCAUCAAAAGCUCUUGGUUCACUCAUUGAGAAACUUGGGGAAGAUGCAAUGCCAGAUCUCAUCCCAAGUCUCAUGGCCACACUCAAAUCAGACACUGGAGCUGGCGACAGGUUGGGAUCUGCCCAAGCUCUUUCAGAGGUUCUUGCUGGCCUGGGGACCGGCCGUCUCGAAGAAACCCUGCCGAGCAUCUUACAGAACGUAUCGAGCAGCAAGCCUUCCGUCCGGGAAGGCUUCAUGUCCCUAUUCAUUUUCUUGCCGGCUUGCUUUGGUAAUAGCUUUGCUAACUACCUCAAUAAAAUCAUCCCGCCCAUUCUUGGCGGUCUCGCGGAUGAUGUGGAGUCGAUUCGGGAGACGGCUCUUCGGGCGGGCCGACUGCUGGUGAAAAACUUCGCCAGCAAAGCCAUCGAUUUGCUUCUCCCUGAGUUAGAGAGGGGCCUCGCAGACAACAGUCACCGUAUCCGUCUGAGCUCGGUCGAGCUCGUCGGAGACUUGCUGUUCAAUCUCACCGGUAUCAGCGGAACUGGCGAGCAAGAAGAAGUCGAGGAAGGCGCCAAAGAAGCCGGUCAGUCACUACUCGAGGUUCUUGGAGAGGAAAAAAGGAACAAAGUCUUGUCCGCUCUGUACAUCUGCAGAUGCGAUACGUCUGGACUCGUCCGUUCCGCGGCGAUCAAUGUCUGGAAAGCACUCGUGGCCACUCCACGGACCCUUCGGGAACUCAUCCCUACGCUUACACAGCUCAUUAUUCGACGCUUGGCCAGCUCGAACAUGGAGCAGAAGGUUAUUGCCGGAAACGCUCUUGGAGAGCUUAUCCGAAAAGCUGGCGAAGGCGUUUUGGCAAGCUUGUUGCCAACCUUGGAAGAAGGCUUGCACACUACCGACACAGAUGCUAAGCAAGGUAUCUGCAUUGCGCUCCGCGAACUCAUCUCAUCAGCCUCACCAGAGGUGCUUGAAGAUUACGAGAAGAUACUGAUACAGGUUGUUCGAACAGCCCUCGUUGAUCCGAACAACGAUGUGCGAGAAGCAGCAGCUGAAGCUUUUGAUUCGCUGCAACGUAUCCUUGGCAAGAAAGCCGUCGAUCAGGUCCUACCAUACCUACUCAACCUUCUCCGGAGCGACGAUGAUGCUCAAAAUGCUCUGUCUGCCCUCCUCACGCUCCUCACCGACCACACGAGGUCGAACAUUAUUCUUCCGAACCUCCUCCCUACGCUUCUGACUUCACCGAUGUCUAGUUUCAAUGCCCGCGCGAUUGCCUCUUUGGCUGAAGUCGCGAGCUCAGCAAUGACCCGAAGACUCCCCAACAUCUUAAAUGCAAUUAUGGACAAUAUUGUUUCAUGCAAAGAUGUUGAGCUUAGGUCUGAACUUGAAUUAUCCUUCGACACAGUGCUCCUCUCCGUCGAUGAAUACGAUGGUCUUAACACUGCUAUGAGCGUAAUGCUUGCCUUAGUCAAGCACGAUGAUGAGCGAAGGCGUGCAACAGCAGACGCUCACCUUGCCAAAUUCUUCGCUGAAACUGAAGUCGACUACUCGAGAUACUACCCUGACCUAAUCCGGUCGCUGCUCAUUGCAUUCGAUGACCCAGACACGGCAGUUGUUAAGGCUGCAUGGACCGCACUCAGCGAACUCACCAAGCAUCUACGGAAAGAGGAGAUGGAAUCGCUCGUCGUUUCGACACGACAAGUGCUCAACCAAGUUGGCGUCCCCGGGUCCGAUCUUUCAGGCUUCUCACUACCUAAGGGUAUCAACGCUAUUCUGCCCAUCUUCUUGCAAGGCCUUAUGAACGGUACAGCGGAGCAGAGAACACAGGCGGCUUUGGCCAUAUCGGAUAUCAUUGACAGGACCAACGGAGAAGCUUUACGACCUUUCGUCACACAGAUCACCGGUCCUCUUAUUCGUGUGGUAUCGGAGCGUUCGGUGGACGUCAAGGCGGCAAUUUUGUUUACGCUGAACAACCUGCUAGAGAAGAUUCCAACUUACCUCAAGCCUUUCUUGCCACAGCUUCAGCGAACAUUUGCGAAGUCGUUGGCUGAUACGUCGUCAGAUGUUUUACGGACGAGGGCUGCGAAGGCACUUGGUACAUUGAUCACUAUGACACCGAGAAUCGACCCAUUGAUUGCCGAGCUUGUCACUGGGUCUAAGACCAGCGACUCAGGAGUCAAGAAUGCAAUGUUAAAGGCACUGUUUGAGGUUGUGAGCAAGGCUGGCGCCAAUAUGAAUGAGGCAAGUAGGAACUCAAUUCUAGGACUCAUUGAUACGGAUGUCGAUGACACUGAUGAUGCCAUGGCAAUCACCAAUGCACGUCUCUUGGGCGCCCUCAUCCGCAACCUCUCCCCAGAAGCCGCAUCAGGCCUCCUCAAAUCCCGAGUCCUAACCACCCACUUCAGCAAAGCUUCGGUCCUAGCUCUCAACGCUAUCCUACUCGACUCCCCUUCUGCCCUCGCCCCCACCUUCGCCGACGAAACUGUCUCCAUCAUCUGCGCCGGCAUCUCACACUCUCAACCAGUCGUCGCAGACAACUGCAUUCUAGCAGCCGGAAAAUACCUUCUUAGCUCUAAAACCGCAAAAUCCUUCGAUCACACAAAACCACUGUUCGAAGCCCUGGCCCCAGUCAUCGAACCCGGCAACCCGGUCGAUACAAGGAGGCUUUCCCUCGUCGUUGUCCGCACCAUCGCCCGCGAAUCGAACGACCUAAUCCGCCCACACAUUCCACUCCUCGCACCACCCGUGUUCUCCUGCGUCCGCGACCCGGUUAUCCCGGUCAAACUUUCCGCGGAAGCAGCGUUCCUGGCACUGUUCUCCGUCGUCGAUGAAGAAAGCGCAGUAUUUGAGAAGUAUAUGGCCGGUCCUGGGGGACUUUUGGCAGCCGGCCCAAAGCGGAGCAUGCAGGAUUAUUUCAAGAGGGUGGCGUUGAGGCUGGGUGGCCAGGCGAGGGAGAGGAGGGACGCAGAGGGUGGCGCUGGCGGGUUGGGGCUUGCGAGCGAUGAGAGGGAGGAUGAGAGGGAGGUUUGGAGUGUGGGGAAGGUGGAGCUGGGGGAGGUCGGGUUUGAAUAGGGGAUUGGUAAGGAAGGAAAAGGGUGAUGUGAUGGAGAAGCGAGUACGCUAGAGGGUGGUACUCCUUAAGGAUAUUGAUCGAUUAGUUGAUGCAUAGGCACUAAGGAUUGUAAAAGCGUUUUCUAUUGGGAAUGGAUUUUGUAGCGUCUUUUGAGGAUAGUAGAUACAUGUUUCAAGGGUUUAUGAGUGUCGUAGUGUUCCCAGAAAGUUGCUGGAUAUCUUCUCCCUCUAACUACAUACAUAUUCAGUAGUGUGCUCACAACACCAAGGCUCAUACAG